AUGGGCUCUAAGGAGGGAACAAACCCCAAGGUCCUAGAGCUUGUGAGCUCUAUCGAGAACAAGCCGUCUUGCGAGAACUAUGAGCGCAUGGUCUCGGGCAUGGUGUACGACCCUCUUGAGCCUAUCCUCAACCAAGGCCGCCACAGAGCCCGCUGCCUCGCGCGCGACUUCAACGAGAUCGACCACCGCCAGAACACCCUCCAGGAGGUGGGCAAGAAGAAGGAAGAGAUUCUGCAGCACCUUCUGGACAAAUUCGGCGAACAGUCAUUCAUCGAGGCCCCUUUAUUAGUCGAUUACGGCUGCAACGUCAUCUUUAACUCCAAGUCCUUUGCCAACUUCAACCUGACUAUUCUCGACGUCAGCCUCGUCACCAUUGGCGACCGUCUUCAAAUUGGUCUCAAUGAAUAUGGUCUUCCGGUGACCAUUGAAGACGAUUGGUGGAUUGGUGGCGGUACAAUCAUCCUGGCUGGCGUGACCAUUGGAUCGGGAACGACUGUAGGUGCUGGCUCAAUCGUGACAAAGAGCUUGCCGCCUCAUUCGGCGGCGGUGGGCAACCCUGCCAGGGUCACCAAGAAGGUGCAAGCACUGGGGGAGGAGAUAGCGAUUUCGAACAAAAGCAUCAAAGAGUAA